AUGACUAAUUGUAAAGAAAGACUUGUCUGCAGCAAAACAAAUGGUAAAGCUUACCAUGGAGGAAGCCAUGCAGAUUGGACUAUAAAUCUAAACACAAUUCAGUCUGACAAGUUCUUGAACCUGCUUUUGAGUAUGGUUCCCAUUGCUUAUCACAAAAGCCAGGAAGAAAGACUUAAGAAAGUGAAUGGUCUCUGGCAAGAUGGAUUACAGCCAUCAGGACACAAUUUCAGUGUUAGAACUGAUCAACACAUGGAUUACCAUCACUUUUCAGAAUCUACUUUUCAUCAUGGUAGUAAUGGACACAAUUCUUCAAGCUGUAGCCCAAAGUACGAUAACUUCGCAAAUUACAAUUAUUCAGAUGGAGUGGACGCAACAGACACAGAUCCUAUGCUGCAGGACAAUAAUGUAUCUAGUGAUGGUGAUGAAGAUGUCCUUGUGGAAGGGAGCAGAAAACAGCCAAAAGAAUCUAGCAGCAUUAUGGCACUGCAGAUUCUCGUACCAUUUCUGCUAGCGGGAUUUGGGACAGUGUCUGCAGGGAUGGUUUUGGAUAUUGUGCAGCAUUGGGAAGUGUUCAGAAAUAUUACUGAAGUUUUCAUCUUGGUUCCUGCACUGCUUGGCUUGAAGGGAAAUUUAGAAAUGACUUUGGCAUCCCGACUGUCAACAGCUGUAAAUGUUGGGAAAAUGGAUUCUCCAAUUGAGAAGUGGAAUCUGAUCAUUGGCAAUUUGGCUUUAAAACAGGUCCAAGCAACCGUAGUUGGAUUUUUGGCUGCUGUGGCAGCAGUUAUAUUGGGCUGGAUUCCUGAAGGCAAAUAUCGCUUUGAUCACUCAGUCCUUUUGUGUUCCAGCAGCGUGGCAACAGCCUUCAUAGCAUCUCUUUUACAGGGAAUAAUAAUGGUUGGAGUUAUAGUUGGGUCAAAGAAGACUGGCAUAAAUCCUGAUAAUGUUGCAACCCCCAUUGCUGCAAGUUUUGGAGACCUUAUUACUCUUGCCAUACUUGCUUGGAUAAGUCAGGGUCUUUAUGAUUGCCUUGAUAAAUAUUAUUAUAUAUCUCCUUUAGUUGGUGCCUUUUUCUUGGCUCUGACUCCUAUGUGGAUUGUAAUUGCUGCUAAACAUCCAGCUACAAGAACCGUCCUCCAUUCAGGGUGGGAGCCUGUUAUAACUGCUAUGGUCAUAAGCAGUAUUGGUGGCCUUAUUCUGGACACAACUGUAUCUGAUCCUAAUUUGGUUGGGAUUGUUGUUUAUACUCCAGUAAUCAAUGGUAUUGGUGGUAAUCUAGUGGCAAUUCAAGCAAGCAGAAUUUCUACGUAUUUACAUUUGCACAGUGUUCCUGGAGAGUUACCAGAAGAAGCCAAGGGUUGCUAUUAUCCGUGUAGGACAUAUUAUGGCACUGAAGUAAAUAAUAAAUCAGCCCAAGUCCUCCUACUCUUGGUGAUUCCCGGACACUUAAUUUUCCUGUAUACUAUCCAUUUAAUGAAGAGUGGUCACACGUCAUUGACCCCCAUCUUUAUAGUGGUAUAUCUGUUCACGGCUCUUCUGCAGGUGUUUACCCUGUUAUGGAUUGCUGACUGGAUGGUCCAUCACUUCUGGAAAAAGGGGAAAGAUCCAGACAGUUUUUCUAUCCCUUACCUUACUGCACUGGGAGAUCUGCUUGGAACUGCCUUACUUGCAAUGAGUUUUCAUUUUCUGUGGCUCAUCGGGGACAGAGACGGUGAUGUCGGAGACUAAGAAUUCAGAUGCAUGGGCUAGUUGAUCCCAGUAGAUGAAGGAAACAGACUACCACCUGGCUUACCAUUUCAUCUGAAGGAUCUCAAGACAGUGGUUCAGUUUGAUUGUGGUAACUUAAUAUUGGGACUGAUGUUAAAUGGCCUUAACUUAAAAAACAAACAAAACACCAGGAGCUGGAACUGGAAGGAUGAGCUUUGAAUAUUUUUACACUGCAAGUGAGCAUGCCUGUUGCUAGUUGGCAUUGUCUGAUCACAGAAAGAGAAAGGCGGGGUCUGUGUAUCAUGCCAAGAAGAGCAACUUCAAGAAAUGUGAUAGACAGCAGGUAGUAGAGCACCC